UAUCUGGAUUAGCAUUUCGGUUUGUUUUUUUCCCAUUCACUUGCCUUUUCAGCUAGCAUGUCUUUUCAGAUCUCCAUGUGAGAUAACUAAGACUUGUAUUUGGUGGUCCAUGAAUCUCAUCUAUAGUGUAGUGUGUUAUAUAACUUGUCGACACCUACCCGAGGACCCUCCUGGUUUUACCUGUUCUUUUGCGCAAGGUUAAAGUUAGAAACUUUAUCCCGGUUUACAAACGACAAUAUAUUUUUAUCCGAGAAACUCUCCUUCAUGACAUUAAUCUGACUGUAUACUUUCGCUUGUGUUUUCUUGUUUUGUAGUAGCUGCAAACCCAGUUUGUGACACAUGAGCCAACAUUACCGUUGAAGCAACAACGAGGGAGAGCUCUUCAAAGUUCAAAUGCAUGUUGGAAGAGGACAAAGAAUCAGUAGACCAGGAAUCUAUAAUGAUGUAGUUUAUUCUAAGCCAAAAUCAUGUGAUUAGUCACUGAUAAAGAUAGUAUAUAGCUUAUGGCCGAUUUGAGUUUGAAUUUGAGGCACAACUUCUUGGUGUUGGAUUCAGUUAGUCUUUGAAUUUGAGGUACAACUUUUCUUGGUGUUGGGUUCAGUCAGUCUAUGGUCAUGUGGUCAUGAAAGAGUACUUACAAGUAUUCCAUUUAUUUAGUGUUUGUUCAAUUUAAACAUUUCCUAUUAAUUAUGCAUUGUUCUCUUGAAAUUGGAUAUUAUACUUUCAUUACAAAAAAAAGAGUAUUGCAUAAAUUUCAUCGAAGGGUCAAAAUGAUAGUUGAUUUGCAUCAAUUUCAUAAUAAGAGGACAAAGAUCAUGUUCUUGGCUAUCCAAAACCCUAGAGAUUGUGAAAUCAAAUGGGGCAAAAUAUUCUCCGGUUUUUAACUUCAAGUGGUUCUUCACAUGGAGUCAUGGAGGUAUGGUCCAAACGAAAACAACCCAACAAUUCCCCAGAAUUAUAAAUAACAUUAAUUAAUAUAAUCAUUUGGUUCUCAUUAAUUUUGAAUUAUUUUCCUUAUUAUAUUUCUGUCAGCUCUCAAUCUGUGAGACUUUUGCUUCUUUGGGCGAAACAAGUAAUACAGAUACACAUAUUUAUACAACAAAAAGUAAAUAAUAGAUUAAGAAAUUUCACAUAAUUUAUUCAAAAACCCUCUCGGAUUUCCAAAGAUGCACGACCUUAAACUAAAUGGACUCAUGCAAUAAUUAGAUAUGAUCAAAGCACUAAUUCUUAUUGUAUAUAUCAUUUUUUUCUUUAUCAAAAUGUAUGCAAGCAAGUGAUGAUAAGAUAGCUCCCGUGUUAGGUAUUGCUUGUUUGAAAAGCUUGUAAAUGGCGUUUAUAGAUAUCAUAAAUGAAUCGUAGGCUUCCCAAAAGAAUUAAUAGUAAUGAGAAAACUAUUCUAAAGUGAAUAAAAAGAGAACGAAAUUUUUUAUUGUUUGGCAUUAGUCAAAAGGUUAUAUGUUAAUUAGAAUUAAGAAAUUAGCUUUUAGGCUCAAAGUUCGUAUAAUCAACGAUAUCGAAAGUAGUCAAGCGGCUAAGUAAUCUCACUUCCUUAGAAUCUAAUAUAUUAUACAGCCGACCAUACAUGCACAAACUGUAUGAAAGUGAGAAGGUGCGCAUAUGGUCUAAUCAUGAGGAGAUUGAAUUGGCCUUACAUAAAUCUAUCAUGCUUUUCUUGUAGAGCUUCGUUUUGUUACGUAAUGUAUUCCAAGACUAAUAUAUCUGCAGUCCAAAAUUUGUUACAUCUCCAAUCUUAACACAUUUAAUCAGUUUCUGGUCUCAAAAUCAAACGAUAUUUUUCAAACUCUCAAGAAACCGUUAUGAUCUGCGUACGUUAUCCUUCGCAACGUUGUUAUCGCGUACGUAUUGGCAUAUGUACACAUAGAUAUAGUACUAUAAAUAUAUUCUCAUGCAUAUCUUCGCGCAUACAUGGAUAACACAUAUGGACAUGCAUGUAUCCACUACAAUCAUGACAAAAAUAUGUGUAAAUAUAUGUGAAAUAAGAUAGGUGGUCCGUGGCCUAAUGGAGUUUUGCACGAAGGCGCACCCAAAAAUACCCCACAAGCCAAAAGAUAAUUAUCACACUUUCUUCAAUAUAGUCUUUUUCUUUUCUUUUUGCAAAUAAUAUUCCCUAUACAACCUUACUUCUUCAAAUAAUUAGCCUUAUUUAACAAAAAGGACAAUUAAACCUUUUGCAAAAUAGUUGUUCUUAGUUGUUUGGCUGGAAUGAUCAUAUAUGAGUGAUCAAAACGACGUAUGUAUUUCUUUUUCUUUGCGUGUUCUAAGAUCUAAGUAGAACUUUUUUUUUCUUUUGCUCAAGUCCAUAUUAUUUCCUGCCCUUUGUAAACGUAACUUUAAUUAAACUGGAGGUAUAUUUCUCUAUUUGAGAUUUAUGUUACGAUAUUAUAAGGAAUAUACAAAUUAUUAUAUGCUUGGUUUCUGGUAUUUUAUCCUUGCGUCAUGCAUGCUUUAUUUCUUAUUCUUUUCCAACUAUACUCUUUUUAUGUUUCUGUGUUCUUUUUUUUUGUACGUCGAGCUGCAGAUUAGAUUCUGCCGAAAUCAAGAUUAAAGAUCGAGAGUGUAAUGACGUACUAUCUUACCAAUUAUAUACUUUACAUUAUCACGUCUAGAAUUAAAUAAAAAAUCUAGAAUAAAAUAAACGAAUUAUCAACCACAUGAUUUGUUGCCACACCGCACCAUGAUUAAAGUUAUAUAAAGAGAUACCCGGACAGAUUCAAAGUGAAAGAAAGUCUCAAAAACAAAAAAAACCCAAAUUUUUUAAAACACAAAUCCAUUCGUGUGCGUGCGGCUAAGUUAAAACAUUAAUGGACACUUGUUCAUCAGUUUUUCUCUUCUCCUUCCUCCUCUUUGCCAUCAUCAUCGUCAUCGUCUUUAACAAGAUCAACGGUCUUAGAUCAUCCUCAGCUUCCAAGAAAAAAAUUAUUGAUCAUGUUAAUACUAACAGCCACGGACUAGUGUUUCCACAAGGAAGCUUGGGAUGGCCUGUCAUCGGAGAAACCAUCGAGUUUAUCUCUUCUGCUUACUCAGACCAUCCAGAGAGUUUCAUGGACAAGCGCCGACUUAUGUAUGGGAAAGUGUUUAAGUCGCAUAUAUUUGGAACUGCUACGAUCGUGUCGACGGACGCAGAAGUUAACAAAAUAGUUUUACAAAGCGACCCGACCGCCUUCGUGCCCUUCUACCCAAAAACGGUGAGGGAGCUAAUGGGAAAAUCGUCGAUACUUCUGAUAAACGGGAGUUUGCAUAGAAGGUUCCAUGGACUAGUCGGUUCGUUCUUAAAGUCACCACUUCUCAAAGCUCAAGUUGUCAAAGACAUGCACAAGUAUUUGUCCGAAUCCAUGGAUCAAUGGUCCGAGGACCAACCUGUUCUCCUUCAAGAUAUCUCCAAGACGGUUGCAUUUAAAGUACUUGCAAAGGCAUUGAUAAGUGUAGAGAAAGGAGAAGAGUUAGACGAGUUAAAGAAAGAGUUUGAACAAUUCAUCAAAGGGCUUAUGUCAUUGCCAGUUAACUUCCCUGGAACCCAACUUCAUAGAUCUCUCCAAGCUAAGAAGAAGAUGGUGAAGCAAGUUGAAAAAAUCAUAGAUGGCAAAGUUAGAAGAACAAAAAACAAAGAAGAAGAUGAUGUUAUUGCAAAAGAUGUUGUGGAUGUAUUGCUUAAGGACUCAAGUGAAAGUUUAACUCACAAUUUGAUUGCUAACAAUAUGGUUGACAUGAUGAUUCCUGGCCACGAUUCUGUACCUGUCCUCAUCACCCUCGCCGUCAAAUUUCUUUCCGAUUCUCCUAGUGCUCUUCAUUUUUUAACGGAUGAAAACAUGGAGCUGAAAAGAUUGAAAGAAUUGACAGGAGAGCCACUAUAUUGGAAUGACUAUUUGUCAUUACCUUUUACACAAAAGGUCAUUACAGAGACACUGAGAAUGGGAAAUGUUAUAAUUGGAGUGAUGCGGAAAGCAAUGAAAGAUGUUGAAGUAAAAGGAUACGUGAUACCAAAAGGGUGGUGCUUCUUGGCUUAUCUCAGAUCAGUUCAUCUAGAUAAACUUUAUUAUGAGUCUCCCUACAAAUUCAAUCCCUGGAGAUGGCAAGAAAGGGACAUGAGCACGAGUAGUUUCAGUCCUUUUGGAGGUGGACAGAGAUUGUGCCCUGGUCUCGAUUUGGCCCGUCUUGAAGCUUCAAUUUUCCUUCACCAUCUUGUCACUCGCUUCAGAUGGACUACAGAAGAAGAUACAAUUAUAAAUUUUCCUACAGUGCAUAUGAAGAACAAGUUACCCAUUUGGAUCAAAAGAAGAUGAUUGUUGUGGAAAACGGAGAAUCAAUUUUGCAUUAUCAAAAGCUAAAAGGUUAAAGAAGCCACACGAGCGUUUGUAAGUGGGAGUGAACGAAAGUGAUAGUGAGACAGAACAGACAACAUGAUGGAGUGUAGAGACAAAAAGGAAUCGCACGUGUAGGAGGCGACAGAACACGUGUUAACUAUUUGUCGUUUCCCGUCAAAAGGCAAAUAAGGACACAAUCACCAAACCUUAUGUUUGUUGAGUUGUCUGCAUGUAGACCCAACCUAGUGCUUAUUUCUUGUGUUGACCAUAAAACUUCUUCUUUUGUAGUCAAUGGUGCAUGAUAUUGAUAUAUGUAUACCUGAUGUAGAAUCCUAAUUUUCAUGAACUAUUCCUCUUCAGUCGUCAUAUUUCAUUA